AUGAUGCUCAGCUGGAAACUAGUGGGGAUCCUGGUCCUUUGCUUGUGCUCCCAAGGCAUCUCAGGCAGUGGGGACCACCCCUCUCCCUCACCCACAGAGGCCCACGAGGAGGAGGGCUCCCCAACAUGGCCUCAGGGCCCCCCAAUCCCCGGUGACCCCUGGCCAGGGGUGCCCCCUGUCUUUGAGGACCCUCCACCUCCAGGCCCCAAUCGUCCCUGGAGAGACCUGCCUGAAGCUGGAGUCUGGCCCCCUGAGCCCCCUAUAACAGAUCCCCCUCAACCUCCCCGGCCUGAUGACCCCUGGCCAGCAGGACCCCAGCCUCCAGAAAACCCCUGGCCGCCGGCACCUGAGAUGGACCUUGACCUGCCCUGGCAGGAGUUCAGAUAG